GUCCCCCAACAUGUUCCAUCCCUUUCUCCACGAUGUCCAAUCUUCUCUUUCGUUGCACGGCGUCUCGCUGCCGCACUUACUUCUCCUUCUCUCGAGCAUUUUCGCAAUCAGCUAUUGGGCAUGGCUUCGUCCAGCCCAGAAGAAAACCUCGCUGCCGCUGCCCCCGGGACCGGUGGGCCUCCCCCUCGUCGGGAAUCUGCCCUUCCUCGACCCCGAGCUCCACACCUACUUCGCCGCCCUCGCGAGGACGUACGGCCCGGUCCUGAAGCUCCAGCUCGGCAAGAAGCUCGGCAUCGUCGUGACGUCCCCGGCGACCGCCCGCGAGGUGCUGAAGGAUAACGACGUCACGUUCGCCAACCGCGACGUGCCCAUCGCCGGGAGGACCGCGACCUACGGCGGCUCCGACAUCGUGUCGACCCCGUACGGGCCCGAGUGGAGGAUGCUGCGGAAGGUGUGCGUGCUCAAGAUGCUGAGCAACCACACGCUGGACUCCGUCUACGAGCUCCGGCGGAGUGAGGUCCGAAAGGUGGUCGGGUACUUCCGCAGCCAGGCUGGGUCGCCGGUGAACGUUGGCGAACUGAUGUUCUUGACGGUACUCAACGUGAUUACGAGCAUGUUGUGGGGUGGGACGUUGCAGGGCCAGGAGAGAGAGCACGUGGGUGCUGAUUUCAGGCAGGUGGUAUCGGAUAUCACAGAGCUUCUAGCCAAGCCGAACAUUUCGGACUUUUAUCCCAGUCUGGCCCGAUUCGAUUUGCAAGGGAUAGAGAGGCAAAUGAAGGGGUUGGUGAAACGGUUCGAUGGAAUUUUUGAGAAGAUGAUUCAGCAAAGGUUGAAAAUGGAGAGAGAAGGCGGAAGCGGGUGUCAAGAUUUCUUGCAGUUUCUGUUAAAGUUGAAGGAUGAGGAAGAUGCCAAGACCCCUCUAACAAUGACUAGCCUCAAAGCUCUGCUCAUGGAUAUGGUGGUUGGUGGAACAGACACAUCCUCCAAUACAGUUGAGUUUGCCAUGGCUGAGAUCAUGAACAAACCUAGUGUUCUAAGAAGUAUCCAAAAUGAAUUGGAAAUUGUGGUCGGCAAAGACAAUAUAGUAGAAGAAUCUCACAUUCCCAGGCUGCCUUACUUACACGCCGUCAUGAAAGAGUCACUGAGAUUGCACCCGGCGCUUCUGCUGGUCCCCCACUGCCCAAGCGCGACUUGCACUGUUGGAGGCUACACGGUCCCAAAGGGCUCUCGGGUCUUUGUCAACGUGUGGGCGAUACAUAGGGACCCUUCCAUAUGGAGCGACCCGCUAGAGUUCAAUCCCGAGAGGUUUUUGCACGAUAAGGGCGAUUAUAGUGGAAACGACUUCAAUUACUUCCCCUUUGGGUCUGGGAGAAGAAUAUGCGCAGGGAUAGCGAUGGCUGAGAGGAUGGUGCUAUACUCACUUGCCACGCUCUUGCAUUCAUUUGAUUGGAAGCUACCCGAGGGAGAGAAGAUGGAUAUAAGAGAGCAAUUUGGGAUCGUCUUGAAAAAGAAAAAGUCGCUAGUGGCUAUUCCUUCGCCAAGGUUCUCUGAUCCUCGCCUUUAUGAAUGAGUACCGUGCAUGUUGGUGUGGUUUCUUUAUGUAAUCUUAUGUGAACAGAAUCAGAAGGAAAAAUGCAUCUACCUAUCUUCAUGUGGUUAAUAUAAUUCCUAUCCAUGAGGAUUUAUUUGAUCAUGUUAACAUGUUGUGGAUAUAUAUGCUUUUUAAGUGAAAGAAAGAAGACAUAUGUUGCAUCGCUUUCUAUCAAUUAUUCAUAGAGAAUUCCACUUUUUA